AUGGUGGCGAAGCUGAUCAAGCGUGGGCCACGAUGUGCGCAGCACAGCCUGUCUUGGUCUUCUGUGAGAAUGCACGGCCAACUAGUCCAGUCAAAUCAAGUCAAAGACCAGCAACUCGCUGUGGUUGGUGAUACAGUGCUACGCUAUGUGCUGCUGACGCUGCCGACACCUCCGCUCUGGUCCUGGCACGAAUUUAGGCCAUUGCCGGCAAAAAAGCUUGGCUUCAGACAGCUCCCAGAGCAUGCAGUGCUGCUGGCCCUCAAGUGCUGCAGCACAAAAACAGCAUUGCUUGCACAAAGGAGGAUCUGCCCUUCCGCUUGGUUCUUCGAAGAUAGUGCCGACACCGCUCUUUGCAAUCAUUUCAAGUUUCAUGUGAAAGUCCUUCGUCAAUCGGUCAACGAGGAUAUUGCUCUGAAGCUACAGCUGCUCGGGAUCAUCAUCGAGCAAGUGCCUAGGGCACGCCUCUUUUGUCGCUCGCUCGAAGCUGCGCAGGUGCUCGGACGAGUGUGUGAUCAGGACAGCUGUUCAAUAGUCUCUGAAUAA